AUGUAUCAGAGUGCUACAAGUGAUUCAAGCUACUGCUGCAGAAGCAAAGAUGUCGCCUUUAACAUGGGAGGCAUUGCUAAGUUUUUGAUGAUCAUAAAUGACAUGCUUCUUUCACCGCCAAACAUAUCUGGGGACUUGCAGAACACUUGUGCGAAAAAAUUAAUUAGUGUUCUGCUUGAAGUAUGGCUUUAUGCCAGCUGUUAUCAUUUCCCUGCACCUUCAAUGUGGAAAACAUUACAAGAACUUUGCAUGUCAUGGCGACAUCACAGUGCAAUGAUUGAUUACUGGAGCAGAACAUCUCUCUCUCUUACCAAGAAAGUGAUACAAUUCAUGUAUGGCCCUAGCUUCCCUUUGCCCCUGGUACCGACCAAGAAAAGCGAUGUCCGACUUCCAGCCAAAUUAGCUAACGAUUGCCUCAUACAGUGCUGGUUCCGAAUUCUCCACAUCAUAGGAAAUCCUGUUGACCUCUGCAAGAAGGAGGUCAUCAGUGCUACACCUAGAUUCAAAGAAUUUGCUUUGGAAAGCGAAGAAGUUAUUUCACCUGAGGCCCAUCCUUGUUUGAAGAUGCUUCCACAGAAUUUUUUGCAAGCAAUGAAAGGUAUUGCAGUCCUUAUAAAUGCCUUCCUGAGCAUAACGACAACAGUGGAUGAGCCAGUGAAGCACAUACCAAUACCGGCACCAACGAAAAGUUCAAGCCCGCCACCUGCCAAGAGGCGUGACCUGAAAUCCCUGAGUAUUGGUUUGGCUCUAGGUUUAAAUGAUCUGACAGGGAUUGUAAGAUCGCAAACAGUCCCAUCCAGAAAUAGCAGUGGAGCAUCGUCUACUGGAAUACCCCAGCUAGACCCACAUCACACAGAACUAACAAGCAUAUCCUCAACUUCAAUGCUGUUUCCUAGAUCAACAGCAUCUGACACAGAAAGGCCAUCAGGGGACAGCGUGCUUCAUUUGUUUGGAGCAUGGCUCUUUGAUGCUAUAUUUGCCAAGAUGGACAUGCCAGCAAACUUCAAGGCCCUUGGAAAGAUCUAUGAAGGAUUUGUUGGAAAUACUGUUCCUGAAAUGACAGGGACAGGCAGAGUGGGGUAAGGCUGUGAAUUCUUCUUUACUUUACAUGUAUUUCAAAAGCCAAUAUUGUUUUCCAGACAGACAUGUAAUGUGAUUUUCAAUCUUUAUCACCCUUAAUAGUUGAUGCUCUUAUCUAAAUUUUGUACAUGUAGGUAAAAAAAUUAGGGGUUUUUACCUUCAUUGUAGUUUGAAUUAUUUUGAGUCGUUGGGGAUUUUUAUGCAUCAGGGAUGCAGGAUGCAGAGAUAACAAAAUCACUGGCUGUACAUGUAUUAGGGGGAUAUAAUUGACUGAAAAAGAGUGUGUAUUUUUGCAUUAUCAAGUGCAUGCGAACAGUCAAACAAAAAGUCUGGAGCAAGGCUAAAAAUGUGGGGUUGCACGCAUCACUUGUGUGAGGCUCUUAUGCUACGCUAAAUGAUUUUAAUAAAAAAAAUCUGACUGUCUUGCAGUUUUUGGGGGGGACCCUCCUUUAGACCUGAAUCUGAAAUUGUACAGUCAUGUAACCAUGCCUACCUGACUUUGUUGUUUUUAGGCAUGACGUUGUGGGCUACUUCGUGGACAGUAAGUUUGAGCCGGGAUGUGCUGAGGCUUAUGGCGCUCUUUGCCGCAUCUUUUGUAGUCAUCAGUCUGAUCAAGAGAUUAGACCAGUCUAUCUGUCCAGAUUUUAUUUAGCGGUGGCAAUUGGACUCCUGUAUUCAGAUGUAAGCAGUAUUAUAUUAUAUAUUUAUUUUUGUUACUGGUAAUUUUUGAUUGAUUGAUUUUCUGUUUUUGAGAUUUCCUGGACAUGAAGUGUAGAGCCUUGGUAUUACACAAAAAAUGUAUUAAACUUUUGAGGUGCAAAACAAGCGAUAGUUUACUUAAGAGAGUGAAGUCCUUUUUAAUCAAGCCUAUGAAAAAACUUCUGUUAUAAACAUAACUUCUAUCAGUGAUAAAAAGAUGAGUAGCUGAAAUGAAUUAAUUUUACAUGUCAAUGGUUCUUGACCUGUUUUCUCUGAGUAAAUUGAAUGGCUGUAAACAGUCUAAUGUGUAGGUGCUAGAUGUAAGGAAGCUUCCAAACAGUACUAUUCGUUAAUUUGAGUGUCAGCAGAGGAGCUAUUAAUGUGAAUGGAGUUGUUGUGUGUAUUACCGUAGCCUGUAGUAAAGCUAAUGAGUUUCAAGUUACUUGCAACAGCUCUGUCUGAUUGGGUACGUAUGGUACACAUAACCUAAAUUUAGUUCUGCUUUGAAGAAUGUAAAGCUGGCAGUAAGAGUUUUGAACAUAAUUAGCAUUAGAAUGUUUGUACAUAGUGUUACAGGGCUGUCAGUAAGGGCCAGGGGCUGGGGAUUUCUCCCUAGGGGGGUCCACUAUAGGGAAGUUUGGGUGUGGGUGCCACCGAAGUCUUCAUGUGUACAUGUGUAAGGGGACCAGAGUUCACUAGCAUAAUAAUUUAUUCUAAUUUGGGUGGAACAAUUGAACAGUAUAAAAGUUUCCUGGUGUCAGUGUCACUGAUGUCUCUGCAGAGUCGGUAAAUAAGGUAGCGUCAAUUUCUGCCGCUCUCUUGGUCCUCCCCAAGAAGAGAUGGCUGUAUGCGUGAGUGGCCUAUCCUGUUCAUGACAAAAAUUCAAAAUUUAAUUUAUGCAUCGUUACCAAACACCGGAAAUGGGAAAUGUCAUAAAAUAUGGAACACCUGUGGAGCUUUGCCUCUUGUUCACUUUGGUAUUGCCAUAUACAUCAGCAAAAACACGUACUGAUUUAAGGUGUUGACAUUAAUCUUGUAUUAUAAUUAGCAAAGUUUGGAGUGAAUUACAACGGAAAUGGACUUCAAAGUUGUCUCCUUCACAUUAGCUGUCAACAGCCAUUGUUGCAAACUGGAAAUAAUUACAACCGGUAACUCGAACUGUAAACUAAGGGAAACAAAAAGCAGUUCGAAUUAGCGAGGAAUUUGAGGUAUCGGCGGGGUGAAUUUUAGUGAAAUUUUGAUCAAGAGAUUCAAAGAAAAUUUAGUUCGAGUUUACAUGUAUAGCGCAGAAUUUGAGUAAUCCGAGUUUGAGUUAUCGAGGUUCGCUACCGUAAUGAUCCAGAUAUGGCUGAUUGAAUUUCAAAAACAUACUUACCAUUUGCCAACUUCUCUAUUAAAGCUAUUGCUUUUCUUUGUAAACAUUUCAGAGGUUUUUAUUAGCUUAAAACACUCUAAAACACAAUCGCACGCCACAUCAAACAUGCCUUUGCAUCUGCCGUUUGAAUUGUGCUCGAGGAAAAUAAAUUUAUGCUGUUUGCUUGAUUUGAGCAGGCAACAAUCUGAUUUGUGUUAUUAUUGACAAUAGCAAACUCAUGCCUCCAGCCAGCUGUCUGUUUGGGGGAGGAGUGCAAGCUCAUUUUCCGAACUGCAGUUGGCAAUAAUUAUGGUUUGUUAAGAGUAUGGUUUGCUCUCAGGAAGAUCUGAUUUAUGAGUUGAGACGACUGAAGGUUGUCUGUAAUGGUUUAAUGCCCAAGUCAAUGGUUUUGCUAGCUGUGGUUUAUAGUAGGGUCCCAUCUAUGUGGUAUUCUCUGUUUAACAGAAAUGUUUUGCUGGAGAUGUUUAGGGUCUUGCACUUUGGUAUGCCAAGGCUCAUUGUUAAGGUGUGACUCCAGUUGGAGAGCUGAGUCAUCUUGCUGAAUAGAGGUCUUAUCAGUAUUUUUUGAAAUGAUCUUGUAUAAUUUGGAGUUGUCAGCAAAAAUUGCUAUUUUAAAGUCAACGAGAAAAACUUUGUGUCUCAUGGAGCCUUGCCACUCUGCCAUCUUGCUUGCAUGUUCUGUCUGAUUAAUUUUCAUUGUACCCAGCAACUUCAAAUCUUAGCGACAGCCUUACAUGUACAAUGUACGUAAUAUCACUACAGUUAGAACAAGCAUUAUUAUUUAUAAUACGAUGUAUUAUUACAGUGAGCAUUAGAAUGUUAAAUGUUUUUGGAAGGUGUUAGCUUUCCAUUUACAGAUUGUUGUUAGUCAAAUUAAUAUUUUCCACUCAAAUAUACUGUAAUUUGUUAUUGUUCAAUCUCUUUCAGUUAUGUACAGGUCACGUUCUAUGCAGUAUACUUCUUAACUCAGCUGAUCUCUUGCGAGUUGACCUUCAGGGGGUACAAGUGCUUUUACCACACCUUAUCGCUGCUCUUGAGACAGUGCUACCUAGGAAAGAAUUUCAACUGAGGUGCAGUACGUGAGCUAAUUCAAUGAAAUGAAGUAAUAAAAGAUGUGAAUUUAUAAAAUAAACAAAAUUUCCUUUGUCACGGGUGUAUCAUUUUGAUUGGUGCAUUUGUCAACUUGUGGUUCCAUAAUUAUGUUGCAUUAUUUUUGUUCCUUGAUACACCCCCCAUCUUACUGCAAACACAGUCCAGAUUAAGUAAUGAUCCUGGUAACAAAGGAAACAAUUGCUUUUGUUAUGGUGCGAUCACUUUCCUCACAUAAGAAUAUGUUAUUUUCACCCAGACAAUGCAUUAACCUACAAAAAGGCAGUUUAUGAAACUCCAUUUUUAAAGCCAAAUAGGGUGCCUUUUUGUGGAAGAUUUUGACCAAUCAUAAGAGUUGCAAACAAUACCCAAGAAAAGUUUACAAUUAACUUUUACUUGUUUCUCACAUAGGAUUUCUGUUUAAUACUUAAGACUAAGAUGAGAUUUUGUUAUAAAGAAGUUGCUUAGAAAACGGGAGAUUAAUCUACAUUCUGCUUUGUGAAGAUUUCAUAAAAUUUGAUGUCUAUUUAAACCAAUUAGACAUUCAGUGGAGACAAAAAAAAGUUUACAUCUUUAUGCAUUCUGACAUUUCAGUGCAUGUAGCUAAGGUUUUGUUUUGGAAUUCUUUGGUUUGCAAAAUGAUAACCAGAUGUUAACAAAACAGUAUCUUCCGAAAUCAUAUACAUGUACUGUACAAAUGAAGGUGUGAUUUGCAGUCAAUCCUGUUUGUCAUGCUUUACCAGCAUUUUUCCAAAAGAUGUUUAAAUUGCUCAUUUAAGUGUUCUUCAUCAUUGUACUGUACAUUGUAAAUAAUUAUAUUGACUCAGAGGUUGAGUUUAAAAACUGUAAAGGUUUACUACAUUAUGACUGUAAUCACAACUUUUUGCCUUGCAUAACCUUUUCUCUCACCAUGUUCACACAGGUGUAACGUUUCCACCACUGAGCUUCGUAGAGCAGCAAUACAUCUUCUGUUAUCCAUGUUGUGUCUUCCACUGCAUUUUCAAGAUCUCCCUAUAAAAGGUGUGAAAUAUUUUGCAAACACUUCGUCACAGACUGCUCUGGUGUUUGUGAUUUUGUUAAAAAUUAAUUAUUCUAAAAGGGGCCUGCCUUGAAUUUGGCAGCUUUUGGCUGCUUCUGAGUUCACUGUAAACUGAUAUUCCAUUGCUGUUGUCCAGAGCUAUCUCCUUUUCAGUGGAGGCAGUGUGGCCGAGUGGUUAGAGCGCUUAACUUAUAAUCCGGAAACCCCAAGUACAAGUCCCACCCUGACCACUAGCUGGAUUUGUUCUUGGUAGUCCCGAGUUCAAAUCCUUGGCAACGCUUGUAAAUAGCCAACUGGUUCGCCUCUUAUCAGAUAGGAUUCUUAAACAUAUUAUCUUCUAUUGUUUUUUUUUUUCAAUUAUUGGUUCUGUAUCCCUGAAAAGCCCUGUAAGGGGAGUGGAUAAUUGCAGUAUUUAUAAUUUAUUUAUUUACAAUUUAUAAUUAAUUUUAUCUUUGUACCUACAGCUGUAAUUGAGGAUACUCCUUCUCUGAGAUUGAUAAGUACCUCGAGUUUAGAAGGCUAAGUUUUUACUUUUAUGUCCAUUGUAUUUUUUUCUAGACAUGACAGCAAUGUGGAGAAAGAAAAACUCUGCUGAACAAGACAAUCAAGAACCCAAGAAGACACUGACAUUCAUGUCACUAAAGCCCAGACUCACUAGACUUUUGCUGGAAGCUCUGCAGUGUGAAGCUGACUCUUUUAAUGUUCAGAUCUUACUGGGAGGUUUGUUGUUGUUUUAAGAAAGUUUUAAGUUGGAUGUGACAAGGUUUUCUGUACUUUUUUGUGUGCCCUAUGAAAAAAAAAAUGCUUGUUGCAUCCUUAUAGACAUUGACAAGACAGUGUACAAUUACAUGCUUAUACACUAACAAUUCCAACAUUUUAUAUCUAAUAUUGUCCAUCCUUUCCCCUCAGUCUCCUAAAAGACAAGUACUCAUUGAUUCUGAAAUUAUAUAUCAGGGUUCUAGACCAAUGUGCUAAUAAUAUAAGUUCCCUCAUCAGCACAGACUGUAUUAUGGUACCCUGUUGGUACUCGCAUGAUUAUCUUUUACUAUACAUUGCAUGACCAUUUCUUUUCAGGGGUAUCGUUACUAGUCCAAGACAGCGAGAUUGCAGAGUCCCAAGGGAUUGCUUCCCCUAAGCAGGAUGAUACUUCAGCACGUGCUUCUGAUCAUCUCCAGGCUCCUCAGGAUGCUCGCCACCGAGCCAGCACUGGUAGUAGCCCAAUAUCAGAGGCUGGCAGCACUGGUACUUUGGACAGUGUUGGCCAGCUUGGAUUCAGUCAGCAGUCUGUGCAGUCAAAUGGUACAUGUAUGCAUUCAUACUACAUUUUAAAAUGUGAAAAAUGUUACAAAAUGUGGAAGCUUAGCAGCUGAGUUACCGGUAGUUACUGUCUUAUUGAAUGAAGCAGUAAAUCAUUAUUUUUAAGAAAACUGUGGUGCUGUGUCAGUCAGACAGAGUAUUGUCAAAUUCGAUUUUGUCAACUUCUUUAGUUAAUCACCUAUGGAGCAUGGUGUAGCCUGCGAGCAAGCUCUCUGCGGCACUCGGGCGGUGGGGUAGGAAAAGAAAGGAGAGCUUGCAACUACAUCUCUGGAAUUGGAAUAUCUGCAUCAAAAAUGUCGAUGCAAAAAAUGCUGAUUGGCGUAGAUGACACUACUAAUAACGUCACUACCCUUGGCACCUUUUUUUUAAUGUUUGUUUACAUUCGCACUCUUUUCCGCUUUGUGCUGAUUGGCGGAAAUCUGACAGCCCAGUUCACAGGGAGCCACAGGGGAAUUCACAGUAGGAUAAAAAUUCCAUCUCCAUCCUCUUCCAGCCCUGCCACCAGAGCGGGUAGUUUCGAAAACGAAGCACUCGAAAACGAAGACCGAAGCACGAAGCACCCAAAUCUCGAAAACGAAGCACCCAAAUCUCGAAAACGAAGCACCCUAAACUCGAAAACGAAGCACCCAGAUCUCGAAAACGAAGCACCCAAAACUCGAAAACGAAGCACCCAAAACUCGAAAACGAAGCACCCUAUCUCGAAAACGAAGCACCCAAAAAACUCGACACCGGUCUGUCCUUUAUAAACACGAGACCAAUGUAAAUACAGCAGAAAUCAAGCGCGAUAACGAGUAUUCGAUAACGAAUCGAAUGCAGUUCAAAUCUACUCAAGUAGUAAAUGCAUUUCCGCCGCUGCGUGGGAGGCCCGGUGGGAGGCUAUGUUUUGGACGUGAUCAGAUCCCCACCAUAGAGCCUGAUCCCAGGCUAUUACCCUAGAACAAAUUCUGCCUGGAUCUGAUCUGAUCUGAUCACGCAGUGUCAUUAAUAUCCAAUAUGGUAGACUGCAAAAUAGUCGGGUUUUUUUUUCUCAAAAUCAGUAAAGAAGUCGGUAAAGCGUGGCGUAAGAGUAAUACGCGCGAGCCUCACACUCCGUUUUCAGCCUCGUUUCAGACCUUUUGUGUUACUGCUCACGCGUACUUGAAUACGCCAAAAUCUGCUGACGGACAGUUUUGAAGUCUACAUAAACAUGCAUGUGUACCGAAAAAACGCAUAUUAAGGUAAGAUGUAUCAAGUAUAGCGAGACCAAUAAUAAAAUUAAUACAUUAUAUCCCAUCUAGAAACGUUCAGUUAAACAGUUGGCAGGCUCUUAUAAAACCUUGGGAUGGAUUUUGUGGACCUUUGGAGGAGCGGACGCAUCCGCUGCCUCCACCUGAUGCGGAUUGCGUCAUGCAAGACGUACAGCCUACACCCGCAGUGGUUUCGAGUUUUGGGUGCUUCGUUUUCGAGAUUUGAGUGCCUCGUUUUCGUGUUUUGGGGUCUUCGUUUUCGAUCUAGGGUGCUUCGUUUUCGAGUUCUGGGUGCUUCGUUUUCGAGAUCUGGGUGCUUCGUUUUCGAGUUUAGGGUGCUUCGUUUUCGAUCUAGGGUGCUUCGUUGUCGAGUUUAGGGUGCUUCGUUUUCGAGAUUUGGGUGCUUCGUUUUCGAGUUUAGGGUGCUUCGUGCUUCGGUCUUCGUUUUCGAGUGCUUCGUUUUCGAAACUACCCACCAGAGCGUCCUGGCAGUGAGCUUGAUUGCAGGCUAAUCAUGAUUUGUUAAUGACCUCUUGAAUCCUUCUCAGUGAAUAUUGAUCUUCAAAAACACUUCACCAAACCACAGUGUCCUGUUAUCUGGAAGCCUAUUCACAAUCUAAAUUGCAGUCCAGCCAAUUCCAUAUUACAAUUGAUUAGACCUGGUACUUUUCGCUCCACCACUUUUGACAUCCUUCAAUUUGGUCUUUUACACCUGUACUUCAAUGUUCAUGUAUCUCUGUUAAACUCUGCAAUUCUUAACUAUUUCUGUACACUGUACUGUAUUUUUUUCCCUUUUUUUUUUUGCAGCUGACCUGAGCACAAUACAGGGUCUCUUUGUGCAGUUGACACAUCUCCUUUGUAAUAAACUUGUUGUAAUCAGAAGCAGCCGAUGGAAAUCUGACCUGCACAUUACACUGUCUGCCUUUGAGCUACUUUCUAGUCUUGCUCAACUUAGCAUGGAUCAUUUGGGUAAGGAAGAUCUCAUGUAUGUUGUGGUUGGAUUUUAUCCUUGUUUUAAGUUUCAUUCCCCCUUGAGUUUCUUUUUGGGUAUGGUAAUGUACAUUGUCUGAUAAUGACUUUGAAACGAAGCAAAAAUUAAUUAAAAUCAUUUAGAGUAAAUAGAAAUGUUAUUAAAUCAAUUGUUUCUUGUUUGAGUGUGAAAUGGUAUGACUUUAGCAAAUACAAUGUACAAUGGACUGAUAUUGAGCAUGGGUUUUCCUCUUGAAGAAAGCAUUUAGAAAAGCAUAAGUUAUAGCCUGUGUAGUUGGUGGGAUUAGCAGGCGAGUGCUGUAGUGUUUUGGCAGCGGAGCCGCAUAAAGGUUGGAAGCAAGUUAAAUUGAUUUUCCAUCGCGGCUUCGCUGUUCUCGCUUCGCGUAGCGGCUCUGCCGCCAACCCACGCACAACCAUUUCACCAGCUACACAGGCUAUAUAAGUUAUAUUUUACUACAUAGUAUAAACCAUCCAGCUGCACACUUUUAAGAGCACAUGGCGAAAAAUAAUGUUGGACGUUUUUUGCUUUUUCAGACCAAGCUGAAUGCAAGAGUACAAUCCACUGGUUGUGUGAUUAUGUAUCAUACCAAGCCAAUAAGAAAGCCACACAUCACUCACGUGACUUACAUUCUAUGAUAGUUGCUGCAUUCAGCUGCUUGCAAACAUGGAUAACGUCACACCCAUGGCUAUUGGAUAGUCAGGUCUGUAUAAUCCUUUUACUCGCAAGGCUAGUGUUCCGAACGGAAAACACAAGAGAAAUUCCAAUGUAAUUUAGUAAAGUGGUGCUAAAUAAAUGGUUCCAUGCCAAAGUACUUUUGAAGGGGUUCGGAUAGAAGGUUACAUGUAGAAUCACCAUGUAAAACAUGAUGAACAGCACCACUGAAGAGUAGUGUACAUUUGCUUUCAUUUCAAUGGUCACAUUAUGAAAAUUCCAUUCCCAGAAGCAAAAGUUAUAACCGUCGUUUACAGCGCAAUAAACAGCACCACAGAAAAGAACUGCUCAGUAGAUUUCUUUGAUCGCCCUUAAAGAUUUUAUCCACAGAAUCAAACGUUAGAACCAUUUUGUACAGCAUAGUGAAUAGGGGUACACUACAAAGUACUACUCAGUACCUUUCUUUUGAAUCGCUGCACUUCGUUGUUUCGGAAGUUCUGAAUUAACCCAUAAGAAAGUGUAUAGAGAAGUAAAAACGCUCGGUGAUAUCAAUUUAAUGCGUUGGAAAAAAAUUACAUACACAGCUAUAGAGGCUUACGGGCUUUACGGUCAUAAAAUAGCAGCAUCUUGAAUGAUUUGUUUUUGAACUUUGCAGGGCUGCUUACAAGUUGUCAUGGAAGUGGUUGAGCUGGGAAUAUCAGGAAGCAAGUCCAGAGAAAUUCCAAGAGUAAGUGACACAACGAACCAGUGUGGUUUCACUUGCAGGUUGAAUUUUUGAGGUAAAAAGUCGAGAGGGCGUAGCGGUGACAGCACUGGCCUCCCUCCAUUUGACACAGUAUUCUCAGUUGGGUCACAAACGAUGCCAACGUAAGUCGAUCACAGCUUUCAUCGGUUUUGACACUGUCACAGCAAUCUCAUAAAUUUCAGUACCAAAGUUUCUGUAAUGGCCAUUUGAACUCCUCAAUUGUUUUUCUUUCAUAGCCUUCAAUUUCCCUUUCAUAUUGUUAAUUUUCUAAAAAUUAAGACUGUUCUUACCAACAUUUUCUUGCUUCUAUCUCAAGGAUCAUCAGCAAGGAACAGAAUUUAUCCCUCGGUUAAAAGGUGGGUAAAUACCAAGGUUCCACUUCUACUUUUAGCAGUGUCAGCUCAAUUUUGUGUAUGUUCCCGUAUUGAUAUAAGCAAAGGCCAUAGGAUUAACCACGUUUAGGCUUUGCGUAGGCUGGUCAAACUUCUGUUCUUCUUCUGGUCAAUCUUCCUUUCCUAUUUUCAAUAGUAUCUGCCUUGCGAAACACUGAGGCUCAAGGGAACAAAAUUAAGUAGUUUUAAAAUCAUCAUGUGAUUUGUUAUAAUUGUAGAACAAAAGGAGAAAUCUCUACACUGUACGAAUUGAAAGUCAAUCUCGCCGAGCGGUGAACAUGCCGGAAACAGUGCAUUAAUAAAAUCAUAACUUCCUUUGACGUCAAAGAAUGGAGUGUUGUCCGCUCAGAUGCUUUUAGCGGGAAACAUUUGUAGGUAUCAUAGGAUCUCGAAUAAGUAAUUAGAACGCGUCCUGUGUGGGAAAAACGUUCAGCUUUAUAUUUCAGUAAUGGUUGUACUCCGCCUUGCAGGUGACAAAGAACUGAAACCUGUAUCGUUCAGAGUGAGAGAAGCAGCUGAAGGCCUCUUGACUGUCAUAAUGGAACACUUGGUAUGUCAUCCGUGUAUUAAUGGUGCUCACAGUCGAAAGGAUGGUGACUGUUAAAAAUUUCCAUAUGAGCACAGGUUACCCAUGUUGGAAGCAUGUUGAACCUAGGGUAGGCCAAUGCCAGUUCAUUACACAGUUAUCCCAGUAUUCACUAGUACGGAGGCGCUGUGAAGACCCAAACCCAGACCUUUAGAUUUAAAGUGAAGCUCGCUGCCUCUCCCACAUUCCUCGAUAAGGAGAUAGUGUGAACUCUUUUAGAUAAAUUAGUGGGAGAAAUACCAUUAUGCUUUGACCAAUCAGUUUGUUAUGAGAAACAGGUCAGACUCUUCUUUUAAUUCAACAGGGAGCUUUCCCUUCACCUUGUGGUCCAGCCUCGUUAUCAUCUCUCCUGGACGAAGACUGGGUUUUGGAUCACGUGCAGCCAGCCGAUGGCCCAACAAAGGUCAGGACGAGACUAGUCCUUAAAUAGUUGAGAUAACGUACAGUAUUCUGUCACGAAAAACAAAAAAAGCAAAACUUUUAUUAUACAGCAACCAUCUAUAACCUGCAUCUUGCUUUCGAGCGCAGCGUCCGCACCAAAUUUAAUGUGAGUCUUGAGCUCUCUUGCGUCCUUCCAUCUUUGUUUGUUUCCUGCCUUUUGCACCACUUCAUUUACCCGCACUUUUCUCCCUUGCACAAAUUCCAGUACUUAUUAACGUUUGGUGCCAGCGACAUGUUUGUCGUCCUUGUAACCAGUUCAUUUUUCCCGCGCUUUUAUUUCUUUGCACACCGGUAUUGAGUACUUGACGUUUGGAGCCGGCAACAUGUUUUCCUGCCUGUUAAACAACAGUUGUCUUCUUUCCCGCGCUUGGCUCCAGUUCAUUUUUCCCGCGCUUUUCUCCUUGUUUUCCAGACUGCUUAACAACAUUUCUAUCCUCUCGCGUUCUUGGCACCAGUUCAUUUUUUCGGUACUUUUCUCCUUGCUUUCUCGCCUACCUAUCAAGAGGCCCUGCCAGGGUAAAUUCCGACAAGCGACAUGGCCCAAAAAGUAGCGACAGAGCCUAAAAUGAAAUCGCGACAAGCGACAACCUCCUUCGGUCAAUUGCGACAGUGACGGCAAAGCCGAGAAUAUGUGACAAAGAACGGUGGUUUGGCUAAUUUAUCACCAGGCUGAAUGCCGAGAAGAAGUAAUUUUCAUCAAUUUUCCUUGCGCUUCAGAGAUUGUCUCUCUUCAGGAAGUUUCAGUGGACCCUCCUGAGCGCGUCACGUUGGUCCGUCGCGUAGUCUUCAUUUAGGCAACCCCCAACAAUUCCUGGGAGACCUUGGAACUAGGUUGUCCGUCAAAUAGUUUAAUUUUACGCACGCUUUACAUCUCUUGUAAUCACUACUUUCAUAUAGACCAUAAUGCACCUUGUUUUCCCCCUCAGAAUUUUGUAUAACCAUUGUCGUCCCAAGAGAAAUCGAAAACAAUGGUUAUGCAAAGUUUUGGAGGGUAAACAAAGUACAUUAUGGUCUGUUUGGGAAUGGUGAAUACAUUGCUUGUUCCUGAACUUCUCACAUCCUUGUCGACCUCUGUCGGACGGUGACGACGGUGGAGAAACCAGGGACCAGAUAACUUAUCCACCGACCUUCCAACCGCUCUCAAAGAGUAGACCACCGUUAACCGGCCUUCACGUACGAUUUAUCAGGUCAGGAACGUGAAAUCCGAAAUUGUGACCUUGGUAACCUUUUGCAAACGCGUGUAAUUGCAUGAGCCUCUCAAGAAAUGACAUGUUUUGUACUGUUUGACAAAUUAUGCGAUUAUACCGUGCUGAAUUUUGUGGUCGGUAGUUCGAAUAACGACGAUGGAACAUAAACAGAUCAAGAAAGGAGUGCGUUAAAGUUGAAAAUUUACUUAAGGUUGUCGGCUAAGUUUGAUCCAGUUUCGUAGCUCGGUUUUUUAUGUAUUACGAUCGAGUGCCUAUCGCGUACACAAGCGAGUUUGUAGAAAGAUAGCAGUUAUUGGUCCCUAAGUUUUACUUAUAUGUGUUUUUAAGCAAUCUUUAGCGACAAAUGGUCAGCACAUGGAUAUUUUACUGUACCACUAUGAACAAUCUUCUAGUGUUUUCAGAUGUUUUACGGCAAAUGGCAGCAGUUAGGAAACUCUACGGGAAUACUUCAACUGGAAAUACAGCUGGAUCAUCUGACUAAUUUCGAAUCCACUGUGAAUGGAACAGCGUAGAUCACUAAUCCGUUAAUCUAGAUUCAAAAAGGAUUCACCAGAUCAAAAAUCCGAAUUUGGAUUUGCCGAAAGGAACUCGAAAUCCGUUUUUAGAUCGAAAAAACCGUUUUGGAUUCACCGAAAGGAACACACCCUUAAUUGUGAAUGGCGAUGUAUAGGUGUUCUGUACGCGAAAGGUUAACUGAGAAAUUGCACAACUGUAAUGGUUUCUUUACAACGCAUUGCUAUCCCCCUUUUCUACAAUUCCGACAAGGACAAAGAAUUUUCGUUCAAUUUCCGACAGCGACGUGAAGCAUUAAUAAACACCGACACGAGACGUUUUAAAAUUCAGACGAGCGACAUGGGAGCCCCACCCCCUGGCAGGGCCUCUAUCAACGGUUCUGUCUUCUCCCGUGCUUGGCACCAGACGAGCGCCAGACUCAUAUUAUUUUUGUUACUGUUUAUUAGCAAGUUUUUCACACGUUAAGUGUUUUAUUUUUCAUCAGACGCCCCGCAAAUUCCAAUAUUUUGUAAUCCAGGAUAGCAGUAUCAUGUUAGGAUUGUUAGAAGAAUCCCUAAAGCACAAAGGUAAGCUUUCCUUUUGUUCAGCUUGCAUCACUCAGAGUUAUUCAUUGCAGGAUACAUGAUUAUUUUAAGCCUUUUUCACCAUAACUGCACUCAUAUAGGGAGACUACAUCUUUGCUUUUGGGUUGAAUGCCCUGGGGCCCAGUUUACUGAGUUUGUGACAAGCUCCUUAGAUAUCACCCACUUUGAAACUACUGCUCUGCUUUACUUUAGAGAGCUUUUAAGAAAAUGACAUUCAUAGUAAAGAAUUUUCUUCUUUCAUGAAGAUUCCCCAGAACUUGAUGGCUUAAUUUUCGUGCCUGUUUACUGCUACACACAAGACAAAUUUGAUCUGAUAAUGAAUUACAACUGUACCACAAAACAACGAAGUCCGUUUUAAUAUGCUAGCAAGGUUACCGUUUUCCAUAAAAUAAAUGAACCACGGCAAGCAUCGCAUUCUUUUAAGAUAAUCAACAAACCCAUUGAUUUUAAGCGAUUUUCACCAAUUCUAAACCCUUUUUUGAAACAAAAGAGAUUGACGGUGUGACCCGGCCUCUCUAUAAGCUUUGUUUUACACUAACUUUAUAACGUCAAUAUGUAUUUUUUUCUGUUAGACCCUUUACCGACCUUGUCAGCAGUUAUCCGUGGUCCCACUGGUCGUUAUGUAUGGACCAUGCAGUUAAGACAGUUUUCACGACAGAAAAAUGUACAGUACUUCAUGUUAUUUAUUCAAUUAAUCCGUUUAUACUGCUCCAUGAGAAAUUUCUGCAAUUUGAUUGGCUUAGAGCAGUGGUAUUUCAGCUUAAUUCAGCUGAUGUACACGUUUGAGCAGUAAAAUCAGCCUUGUUUAAGAUGACAGUUGAAGAACUGAAUGUUUCUAUUAUUUUUCUACUUCUUCUCAUUUUGGAUAGGUUUUUUAAUCCUUUUGAUUGCUUAAAUCAUAGUUAAUUGAGUAGAAUGGUUAUGAAACCCGUCAGACUCCUUUGUUAUAUGUUUUUGUGGACCUGAAAGUGCACAACGUUCAAAAGAAUUCCUAUCAUUUUGAUUGUAUUGACCAAUAAAAACGUUGCAUUAAUUUAUUCCGUAACAAUUUGCCAACAGAAAACAAAGGAUUGUGCACUUUCACGGUACUUCCAACAUAAACUGCAGCACUGUUGUUCUUAUCAUUGAUGUUUGCCGCUUUUCAUAACCAGUCUCCUCUAAUAACUAUGCUUAAAUCAAUCUUUGAUUCUUGAAUUUUUGCUUGCUGCAAUGACUCCUGACACUUUCAUGUGCAAAAUUUUACGCACUGCGGCUAGUUGACGACCUUUUUGUUGAGGGGCUGAAAAGUCCUUGCUCUCAAAUAUCCGUACGGCGAACAAUUUUCUUUGGAAAUGCUUUAGUAUUUUAAUAUUUGGCAGAAGAACUAACGUUCUUUCUAGUAAAUUUGCUUCUUUCUCCUUAGGACCUGAUUGAGGCGCACCUUAAGGACCCAGGGCGCCCUUCACCAGACAAGACCCAACCUCGACCGCCCCCGAACAUAAAACACCGGGCCUUCCCUGAAGCAGUGGAUACAGUGCCUCUCACGAAAGCGUUAGUGAAUUUGUUUUUGUUUUGCUUCUUUUACAACAUCCGUCCUAUUUCCUCCAAGUUUUCCUACAGCUUUGUACGUGCCUUAUAGCCUGCGUUGCAGCUGGUUCACCCAUCGUCUAAACCAUUGGCCAAUGCCGGCAGUGUAAAGUGUCUGCAACGCAAGCUAGUGCCUUAUCUCAGUUGGAAGCCUUUUGCUUAAACAGAGACCCGACGUUGUUGUUAUCAGGCCGGUAUCACAUGCAUAGUACGGGUGGAUAGAGAAAAAGAAGGUUCGGUUUGGGAAAAAACGGUGGCGUUUGCUAUGACCAACAGCUCUAAAUCCUUCUCAAAAAGCGCUGUAUGACUUUGUUUUAAUGAAAGUUCUCUCCAACUUUGCAGGACCGCAGAUGAAAUUCGAAAGUACGUUUUUUCCUUCAGCAAAUAACCUACGAUCAGGAGUUUUUUCUCGCUUCCCAUGAAAGACAUAAAAUAAAUAUAGGGAGGGCUUGAACGCAGGCCAUUCGGCAAAUUUAGAUAAAAACACAGUGAGUGUUGUUUGUGUGUAAAAGGAGCGGGGACUGUAACUAGUGGCCGGAGUAGUCAUUUUCUGAUGCUUUGAAACACCUCUUUCCCAUAUUUCCAUUUCCAUCUGUUGCCAAACGAUUUCCGUGCGCUGUUAGUUCUUUUUUUAUACCUUUUUUUUCUUUUUCUAGAGAUCGAAGUAUACCAGAACUGGAUGACAUUUUAGAUUCUAAACUCAGUGAAGUGCAGGACCAUAUGCGAGCACUGAUGCAGAAACAGGUCUAUGAUUACUUCCACCUUCCGUGUCUUUUAUGUCCGGUCCUUACUAGAGACGCAAGCACAAGCAUAAGUAUAAGAGUAAGCAUAUCGCAAGCCUAUGCAUGAGCAUGAGAAACUUACCCGCUAGAGCAAGGACGGCCUUGACCCCCGCGCUAGAGUGAGGACGACCUUGACACACGUCAGUAUAUACGAUAUUUUUGAGUUCAUCCAUAUGCUUAUGCCCCCUCCCCCUCCACCCCCCCGUCCUGACUAACGUGGAAGCUCCUUAUGCUCAUGAUUAUCUUGCUCAGUAGUGUGGACCAUGCUAUGCUCAUGCUUGCGUCACUUGUGAGGACUGGGCUUUACUCAUCCUUUACCUCAACCUCGUCCCUAGGGCUAAAUGGGAGGGAAUAGCCCUGGGGACGAGGUUGCCUUUAGUUUACCAGUCAUAUCAGAAACGUCCGGAAUCUAUAAAUUUAGAUGAAAUCUUGAGUUUCUCAGUAUUUCAAUACCCGUGUACUCCGUUUGCUUGUGGUAAGUCUCGUUUUUCUUACUAUUGUCACUUGGUUGUUUAUCCCCACUUUUCUACCGUAUACUGCUGAUCUUCAUCAUUCGCCUGAUGAAGAAGAGCAUUACUCCAUGCGCGUUGCGGUCAAUAACGAAAUGAUUGUUGUGAGGAAAGUGACAAACGAGCCCUCUGUUAUUCAUACCACAAUGAAUAAUAUCUUUCAUGAUUUGUCUUUUGCUUAAUAGUUGGAGCAUGAAACAGUGGCGCAGGCAAAAUUAAAAGGAGGAAAAUCAAAAGUGAAAUUUGCUGAUGAUGAUGCAGGAAUAAGACCACCCCAGUAAGUAGCAAGAGUAGCAGGGUGAUGAAUGACAGCACAUGUUAUGUGUUUAGUAUUCUUACCGUAAAUCCACCUUAAAGGCCCCCUCUCAAUUAUCCCUCUCUUUAGUAAGCACAGCCCCCCUUUUUUCAAGAGAAGAAAUUUAUUAAGGCCUUCCCCUCCGCCCUCAUUUUUAACAACCAAAUCAAUGAACGAUAGUGUGAGCGCAAUGUUAAGCUAAAUCAAAUGAGCCCCCCUCUCUUAAAUAAGCCAAUGAUCUCUCUUAUUAUCCCCACCCCACCCCACCCGUGAUUGAAAUAAAUAAGCCUCUCGCUUGAAGGACUAAAUAGAUGAUUAUUUUACGAUAUUUGAAGCCGUUAUCUCCUUCGUCACGCAUUGUCCUUCUCUUUGGUAGGCUAAAGAAGUGUUGCUCGACGAGUUUGCCAAGGGAAUUUAGAAUAUUAUCAGGUGUAUUUUUGUUACGUUCAACCUGGUCGUUAUUUCGAUUCACUUGACUUAAUUUUGUACUUCUCUUUGUGUUUUUCAGACCAUGUAAGGAGUUUAGUCCAUCUCGUCUUUUGCUUUCCCAUCUUGGUUUACUGUCCAUCGAAGGACUAAUGGUAAAGCAAUACUGCUAUUCUGUUUGCGCUUUUUUAAAGGGAUUUUGUCAGACGGGUAUCAGGGGGGUAUUUGUAGUUACCAGUGCUUUCAAGAGCUUUAUCUUGAAACUGGACAUGGGAAAGUCCAUUUUUCUCAACAUUUUUGUUCAAGAUUGACGUUAUGUACAGUGACUCUACAUAGCGUUCAAUCUUUUGACAAAGUCUCAGUCAAAAUUGUUGGGACACUUAACUGUCUUCUUACCCUCCCAAUGUUGGUGUGCAACAUUUGGUGAGUUAACCUCGAUGAACAACAUUGGGAGGACAAGGAGACGGGCCAGAAGUAAACAAACAGCGUUGGGUGGAAGUGUCCCAACUAUUUUUGUCUGAGACUAUAGCCUUCUCCCCUGGCUUGAUGCAUUUGUGACAUAUCUUUCUUUCUUUUAUAGGGUAAUCCAUUGCGUCCAUUCGAGGACGCGAGCCUGCUUACACUGAAUUCCACGUCCAGCGGAUUCUCUCAAGCUCUGAAGGAACUUGAUCACGUGUCUACGCGAACACAGGAUACAGUUUAUGUGUUUUACGUGAAAGCGGAACAAACAGACGCACAUGAAAUCAUAGAAAACCAGGUGAGUAUAAUAUCUGUCAUAUUUGCUGGAAUGAACGAACCUUAUUAGUGAUAUUCGACGCAAAGUGUCCUCAUGAAUAGCAUUCACCGAAGGUUCUGUCAAAUAUGAAGUUAUAUGAAAAUAAAGAACGACCCAGCCUAUCAUUGGCGUUCUAAUUAAACAACAUUUGUCAGUACUUAAGAAAGACGCGCCAGUUAGAAACAAAAUAAGAAAAAAUGACGGAGCAUCUUAAAGUGUAGGGAAUGCCGUUUGCACGAAAAAUGUUUGCAAACACUUGACAUGGAGUAAUGUGUUGCACUGUUGUUGGCCUUUAUGUUGUAUAACUCUAUAACAAACACGGGAGAAUUGUGGCUCUAUUACGACCCUGUCUUCCCGUCUUUGUCGGGUCAUGGUGAAUUGAAGAUUAAACUUAAAGUACAUUAUGUAUAAAACACAUGCUAACAUAAUAUUUCAAAUACUUCGUUGUAUUCCUAACAGAUUGGUUCCUGUAAGCACUCCAAGGCAUUCCGUGAGUUUCUACUCUCCUUAGGAUGGCUAGUCGAUAUAGACUCGCACUCGGGCUGGUCAGGGAACCUGAAGCAGUGCUGGAGCAGAGGCAGUAGUGUAUCUACCUUGCGCCCUGCGGAGUCCAGCUACUUACAGUCCUCUCAUAGCGUUUCAACUCUUACGGGCAGCGAAGAGCAGGAGGUGUCUGGGAGCGACAGCGAUCGAUAUGCGUCUUGUCGCGAGAGUUUUGAUAGUGAAGCAUCGCCGAGCAGCGGGAAGGAUUCUCCAGCCGUGAAUUCUUCUCCUUCUCAUCCUCCGACUGAAACCAAGCUGGUUGAUGAGAUUCUUUACUACGCAGAUGUAAGCUGUGAGGUGGCGUUUAUCAUGCCGUCCCUCCUGCCGCGGUGUCAUAAGUUUCUGUGCGUAGCAGAACAGCUGGAGAGCUUUAAGGAAGAAGUAGAGCCCAUGCCGCGAAGAAGGACUCGGUCAGGUAGCACCGGGAGCCUGGAGGGAAGUAGUAUUGGGAGCCAGUUGGAUAUCAAAAGCAAGAUAUCCCGUCAGGCCUCCGAAGGGAUGACUAUACACGAGGUAUAUGAGAGCCAGUGAUACUUUACCUUACUUAUAUAGACUACCUGUCAUUGUAGAAAGAAGCAAUGGGGAGGAAAUCAAUGCGCCAUUUGCACGAUGGCGUCAUUUUACUACUACGACCAGAAUCCUUAACGUUUUUCCUUUCAUAUUUAAAUUUGGUAAUCCCAGCGAGGUUUACAAAACAAAAGCACUUAUUUGCACAAGAAAGCAAAACCCUGAAGGAUUCGUGUCAUAGUAGUAAAAUGACGCCAUCGUGCAAAUGGCCUAUCAUCAGUGUCAUUCCAUUACAUUAUAUUAAGCGCAAAAAGUAAUUUAAAUAAAUGAAAUUUCCUUCCAAAAAGCGGGGCGAAGUUAAGGACUUGCUCUGUCCAUAAACUAACAGAAGGUUUUGUAAACAGUUUAGCUGAUGCUAGUAUUAUUUUAAGGUUAAAGUCGAUUAUCCGCGAAAUUAACCCGAAAAAAUCCAGCCAAUAGCGAUAAUUCGCAUUAACGUAAUAUACCAACCACUGGCACUUUUGCUCCUUUGACAAAAACAAAAAAAUCGCACUUUACUUGAGUGUGAAUGCAUCUAGCAUAAAACUAUUAAUUUAGGGCACCACUGUUUACGUCUCCCUAUGGAGACGAGACCGCCAUUUAACGUGGCCAUCCAAGCCACGUGAAGGUCUGGCCGUCUACAGGGCGAAGACAGUAUCUUCAUUGUUCAGUUAUUUUAUGACCCUGAGAGCUGGUCCUGUCCCGGGGAUAGAACCCGUGACCUCCCGCCCUGCAGUCAAGCGUUGUACCCACUGAACUAGUCCUGUCGCGGUGAAAGGGUUAUUAUCGUUUAAGUCAACGCGAAGACGCUCUCUCUGGUUUCAGAACCGUGCCAUGUCACGUCUUGGUAACGAACUUUCACUAGAGAAUCGACCGCUGUCCAGGUUGAGCACGCACAACACCUCGUCCGAGACAAACGUAGUGGUGGCCUGGCUCGAGCGGUUUGAAGAUCAUGCCCAGUUCCCUGUGGACGAGCUGCUGAUGGAAUUUGAUCUGAGUCAGAAUGUGGGACACAGCUUGCGUGAGAAAGACACCGUGGUUAUUUUUAUACAUCACCUGAGAAGUGGGCUAUACCGCAUCCAUAUCAGGUCAACAAUCAGGUGCAUCAGUCUUACCUCUUUUUUACUUUUACUUUGUAAGUUUUUCUUCAGGACGACAGCCUUGCAAAAUACCGUGAUAUUAUUCACAAAGCGUACAUUAUUCAGUCAUGUUUGUUAACUUUGUGUGUUGUUGCCAGCCCGCAUUAAUCUAAAGACAAUUGGUCAUUUUUUUAGGUCCCCUAUUGGUGGGCCCUUGGUGGACGGUAUGGUAGUGAGCCGCAGGACACUGGGUACCAUGGUACGGCAGACCGCUAUCAAUAUAUGCCGUAGGCGCAGACUGGAAAUUGACUCGUAAGUGAUGUUUCUUUUGAGAGUGUUAAAGUUGUCUUACCCUAUCUAAGUUGGAACUUUGUUUGCUGUGUUCUGUAGCUUCUUUGAAACUUUCUUUAAGGAAAAAGGGAGAAAAUACUUUUUAUUCACACCCACAAAAUGGGUGAUUCCCACUCUCGCUUGGUUCUAAUUGUCUUUACUAACAACUUGUUCAGGGAGUGCAGAUGAUGCCAUGGGAGUGAAAAUAUUGCGGUUGUCGGGCGUCGUCUUCUGGUUCCUCUCAUCUUAUUAGUAGCUAAUAAUUCGUUAAGGUACCAGAAAAAAUCACGACAACUAGUGCACGGUAAGAGGUUCGGAAACUGAAGACAACCUCGUUCACGUCAAGCUUUCGAUUUUUUUUCAUCUUUUCAUUUUUAUUCAUGACAACUGCUAAGUCGUACCCUCGAAAGAGUGUGCUAUCCGUUAUACACUCAGAUACCUCAAAGAUAGUUUUGAAAUCUCGUCUGUGCGUCAUUUUUUAUACUGCUACUUGAAGGUGUGUUGAUAGCGAUUGAAGACCAGUGAAACACGCCUUCUCGUGUUAAGUAAAUUAAAAACUAAAAGUGAAUCACGAUCACUUCCCCGCGCAUUUCAUUUUUCCCGCGCUUAGUAGCGGUUAAACCUUUUUCGCGCACAUCGCAAUGGGGCAUCUUUUCCCUCACCAGCGCUGAUGGCGAAAUGACCCCUUUUGACCUUUUGUUUUAACGCUUACAGGUAUUCUCCUCCUCAAGUUUGUCGUAAACUGAAGAUUCAAGAUAUCGUCAAGAAAUAUCGCCAUGAACGAUCUGUUCCUGAUUUUUACGUAUCGCUCUUUUCCAAUGAUGCGAAGUAA